AUGGUUAGUUCUGAAGAGGUUACCGAAGAUGAGAUGGUGAUGUUAGAACCCGAUGACUGGGUGUCGUCGGUGAAGUGUUCGACACUUCUGCUAAUCUUUGUUAUGACGUUGUCAUCUAACAUGUUUGUGCUAUGGGCGGUCUUUCUCCGGAGCCGGUCGUAUCGCUUCUGCGCGCGUUCCGUGUACGGCAAAGUUUCUAAGAGGGCAAGACGCAGCAGCUCUCUAUCCCGGGUGCAACUUUUUAUGAUGCACCUGUCAAUAGCAGACAUUCUCGUUGCUCUGCUAAACAUACUGCCCCAGCUCGCCUGGGACAUCACGGCUCGCUUCUACGGCGGUGCGCUUUUAUGUAAAUUUGUCAAAUAUGCUCAAGUACUUGUUCUCUAUCUAAGCACAUACAUUCUCACAGGUAUGUCACUCGAUCGACUAGUAUCUAUGCGUGCCAUUCACACUCAAUGGAAGGCGGGGAUGCGCGCGAAUCACCGUUCAUCAUCGACCCGGCGAACUGAGAAGGCAACUUCAACCGAAAUGUCCUCAUCGAAGUUAAUAUGCAAAAGGAACGGCUCCCUUUCCGGUGGCAGUUCGGGUAAAACGAAGCGUUUUUCACACGGUUUCAAUAGUCAUCAAUCUCGUGCCGGUUAUCGGAAGUUUGCCAAAUUGCUUAUCGCAUUGGCAUGGCUGCUUUCGUCAAUGCUCGCUUUACCACAACUUUUCAUAUUUUCGUAUACUGCCUCACCUAUUGCCAACAACGCCACCAGAAUUAAUAACAAUAGGAUUAGAUUAAAUGACAAACUCAUUGAUGGCCAAGGCGUAAACACCCCGAUGGCUGAGUCUAAUUCGACAGGAACUGUUUCCGUACGAUAUGAUUGUCGGGCAGAUUUCUCGUGGCAUCCGCACGGCAUGGAAAUCUAUGUGACCAGCUUCGUGGUCAUUAUUCUAGGCGUACCAGCGUCCCUGAUGCUUUUCUGUUACGGGUACAUGUGUAUUAUAAUUCUGCGUAUCCAACGGAGCUACAUAUGCAAUGAGUCGCAACCUCUUAGCACAACGCAAGUUCCCCAGUUCGCUCAAGGAACAACUUCCUGUUACGGAAACACUUCGAGUGGAUUUGCCGCUUCAAGCAAGAAGCUCACGGCAGCCAAGAUUCGUUUGAUGAAAAUGACAUUUUCAAUUGUGCUAGCAUUCAUUUUCUGUUGGAGUCCAUUUUGUGUGGCUGAACUUUUUCGGGCAUACACGCUGCCGGUGGACAAUGCUCAAGUUAGUCCGAUGUUUAUGAUUCUCUUGUUACUAGCCUCGUUGAAUUCGGCUGUUAAUCCCUGGAUAUAUGCCGCCUUUUACACCAAUCGAUACGCAAAACGGCAUCAAUCAAAAGCGAAAACUUCAUCUCUACGAUACAGCGGAGCUGUUGCCGGCGGAUCAACAGAGACUCGCCUCAUAAUCCCUAUGUCUGCCUGCUGAUUCACGCAAAUCUUAC